ACCGGUCCAUGGGUCACUUGGUGCCAAGCCGCACAGAAAAGAAAAAAAAAAUAUCGACGAUCAAUUAAUUCAGGUCAAGACACUCGUCCCGGUCACGUGACAUGUUUCCAUAGUCGAGCCCGCAAAGCUAAUAUGUAGCGACAGGCUAACUAACCAGGCAAUGAAGCAUUCAAAACUGCUUCAACACAUGGAGACCAACCAUCCUGCAAUAAAAGACAAACCUUAAUCACUUUGGGUGUCAUUGUCUCCGCUUACGUCUAGAUGGAACCGGCUCGUUUCUGAGAAACAAACUGUGUUCCCACUAAUUCAACGUAAUGGUGAGGUUUAAUUUUUGUCAUUUGUACUUGUUUUUAUGUCAGUCGUAUCAUUUUAUUUCAUCGUAUUUAUAUAUUUAUUAUAAAUGUAUUAUUUAUUUAUACAAAUGUAUUUAUUUAUAUAAAUGCCGGCCCGCGAAAAUAUUUCUGACAUGUAACCGGUCCGUGGCGCAAAAAAGGUUGGGGACCACUGCUUUAAAAUACAGCACAUGACAAUGCACUUUAGUUUAUGCAAGAAAUACUAAAAAACGAUCUAAAACAAUCCCCAGGUAAAGAACAAAGUUGAAUAUCAUUAUAUUGGACAACUUGUGCUAAAAUGAGGAAGAUUUUAAGACCCUACAUUUGGCCUCCAACAUUGAUUGCAUUGGCACGAAUUGCCAUCAUUUUGUUUGAAUCCAAAUCAAAACCUUAGCAAUUUUGUGAAAACACCUGCACUUUAAACCGCUGACCUCAUACUUUUGUCAUUGGCAAGUUUUUCCCCGAUGACGUUGCGCCUUCUGUCGGUAGGGUCCGUCGCUGCAGCCCCUCAGCUGUCCCCUUUAGUCUUCAUUCUUCUCCGCUCUUCUUCGUUUCCUCUUCGCUCUUCUUCGACCUUCCUCGUCAGCCGUCGUGCUUCUCCGUUCUAUAUCGCUCUUAGUUCCUGGUUGCCCCACCGCCGCCGAAUAUCCGCGGUGCACCGCCCAACAAGUCCAAAGUUGUCUGAACACGGGAGGAGAGGUGGCCACCUUGACGGGGAGCCCCGGUCCAAGAAGCUGAUGGCACCUCGCCCGAGUAUGUGACGUGCAAGGCGACAGUGAAUUGAGGGCUUUUCGACGAGCGGUUGGAAGCGAAGUCGGCUCUUGUUAGCCGCGUAGCUGCUCCUAUCUCGACAACCGACAGCGCUAUCUGUUAGCCACGGCUGCCGCUGGAGAACCGAGCAUGGAGAGCAGGGACAAGGUGCAGAUGCGGAACCAUCCUCGCAGGCAGCUGAAGAAGUUGAGCGAGGACAGCCUGACCAAGCAGCCCGAGGAAGUGUUUGACGUCCUGGAGAAGUUGGGUGAAGGGUCGUACGGCUCCGUGUUCAAGGCUCACUACCGAGAGACGGGAGAGAUCGUGGCCAUCAAACAGGUUCCCGUCGAGUCAGACCUGCAGGAGAUCAUCAAAGAGAUCUCCAUCAUGCAGCAGUGCAACAGCAGUCAUCGUUCUUCCUUGCUGCUCAGUCCACAUGUGGUGCGCUACUACGGCAGCUACUUCAAGAACAGCGACCUGUGGAUUGUCAUGGAAUACUGUGGGGCCGGUUCCGUGUCCGACAUCAUACGCAUACGCAACAAGACGCUGAGCGAGGAGGAGAUGUCCAGCAUCCUUCAGUCCACACUCAAGGGAUUGGAGUAUCUUCACUUUAUGAGGAAAAUCCACCGUGACAUCAAGGCGGGAAAUAUCCUGCUCAACACGGACGGUCAGGCCAAGCUAGCCGACUUUGGCGUUGCCGGCCAGCUGACGGACACCAUGGCCAAGCGGAACACGGUCAUCGGGACACCCUUCUGGAUGGCGCCCGAGGUGAUCCAGGAGAUUGGCUACAACUGCGUGGCUGACAUCUGGUCGCUCGGCAUCACCGCCAUCGAGAUGGCCGAGGGCAGGCCGCCCUACGCUGACAUCCACCCCAUGAGGGCCAUCUUCAUGAUUCCCAGCAACCCCCCGCCGACGCUGCGUGACCCGGACGCGUGGUCGCCUCAGUUCCGGGACUUUGUGAGCCAGUGUUUGGUGAAGAACCCAGAGAAGCGGGCCACCGCCACACAGCUGCUGCAGCACGCUUUCAUCAAGGCGGCCAAGCCUGGCAGCAUCCUGAGAGCCCUCAUCAACGACGCCAUGGACAUUAAAGCCAAACGCCAGCAGGCGGUACACGCCGAGCGGAAUGACGAAAAUGAUGACGCCAAUUCUGAAGAAGACGACGAGGUGGACCAAGGGACCAUGGUGAGGGCGGGACCGGGUGGCUUGGCAACCAUGCGCGCCGCCACCACGUCGGGCCAACCAGACCCCAACGACCAGACGGGAAGCGUGCGCUCGCAGUUGGGCACCAUGAUCAUCAACUCGGACGACGAGGACGAGGCAGGGACCAUGAAAAGGACGGAUGAGGCGUCUCCGCCCGCCAAGCCGUCCUUCCUGGAAUACUUUGAGCAGAAGGAAAAGGAUGCCAGCAUCAGAGGAGUGGACCGCAAAGCACCGGCGGACGCCCAUCUAGAGCCGGCGAGUUUGUGGUCGGUGGAGGACCUGCGUGUGCGUCUGGCUGCCUUGGACCCGCAGAUGGAGCAAGAAAUGGAGGAGAUCCGUCAGCGCUACCAGGCCAAGAGGAAACCCAUCCUGGACGCCAUCGAGACUAAGAAGAGGCGACAGCGGCAGGACAACUUGUGACUCCGCUCACACGGCUCGAUGAACAUCAAGUACCGUCUUUGAUCGGCCCAUCAAAUCCAAAUGAAGAAGGCAAAGAGCAUUGCCUCGUUUUGACAAAGCAACAAUUGGUUUCUAUUUAAGAGGCUCGCCUUGACAUCGCCUGGGCAUCACCCAUUUUGCUUUGCCUGCAACUUGGAUUGUACCCCAUGUGGCCAUCAACUCCAGUUUUAGGACUUUCUUGGCACUCCAAUUAAAUGAUUUGGGGGGCUGUAAGCCAAAAUGCUUGAUAAACCUUUUGAAUUUCCAAUUUGGAGGAUCCCAUCCGCUCGCCAGCCUGCUGAUGGCAUGGCCGCCAUCUUGUGGCGCCAUUUUUCUUCGCUUGUCUGGUUCCUGCCAUUGCUCCUCAGAGUGAAAUGUCAAUUUUGGAUGCGCUAAUACUGUUAGUCGAAAGCACUGGAGGGGAAAAUGCUGAAAUGUUCUAAUUUUUGACAAGCUGUGUUAUCGGAAACAGAAUGUUUGAAUUUUCGGGACACCUUUCAAAACUUUUUCAGGGAAACUUGCGUGCGGUGCACUCUUGUCUUGUGCUAGGGAGGAGGUUGUUUAUGGUGGAGAGCUUGCUUUUUCAUCAAUUCAGCCUGCAAUCCAUUGAACGGCCUUUUGAGAUGCAGUGACGUCUUCCACAUUUUGCAUAAUUGCAAAUGUACACGGAACCGACCAUCAAGGACCAACUUGUCCGAGCCACUAAGCAUUCACCCCCCCCCCCCUUACACACACACACACACUUUUAUUUUUAUUGUACUGUUGCCUUCAAGUCUGAUGUUUGCCGUAUUGAAGGUGUCAACGGAAUAAAGACCCCAGAAAAUGUUUUCAAGGUGCUUUUUUAUUGGCAUCUUCACAACAUGUUGAUGCGGCUCCACCAUGAAAACCCAAAAACCGAGACAAACACUGAAAUGGGAAAAAUCAAACAAAACCACAACUCUGUCAUACAAAUCAUUGUUCUAACCACUUUGGAAUGUGGUGUUUUCAACAUCUUUCAUGUGUGACUGCUGGGAUAGGCUCCAGCAAGCCCGUGACCGCCGUGAGGACAAGCGCGCUAGAAAAUUGAUGAACUUUGAAUUGUUUGACUGUGGAUUUUUUUUUGUAUAACAAAUUAAAAAAACUGUAUUUUGAUGGAUGCCCAAAAAACAUUGUUAGAAAGCCAAAUUCAAAUGACAGCAUAGUACAACAAAUACAUGUCAUCAUGUCAGACAUUUGUGAGAUUUGUCAUGAAUGUAAACUUUCUUCAUGUAGUUUUUCAUGUGUUUAAUGAAAAAAUGUCAACUCA